AUGCCGGGAUUUAAUGAGGUGGUGCUUAACGCUUGGAAUGAAGAUUGCCAUCAUUUAGAGCCUUAUCAGAGGCUUUUUCACAAGCUCAAGAAGACAGGGCUAAGACUCACCGAAUGGAGUAGGAAAUUAUUCUCCAAGUCUAAAGUGCACCUCCAUGCCGCUCUGCUCGUGAUCCUUCGGCUGGACACCGCUCAAGAGGGGCGUGCGCUCUCCAUCCCUGAGCAAGAUCUGCGGGCCAAGCUCAAACGGAGGGUCGUGAGCUUGGCGGUAUUAGAGAGAGCAAGAAAGAAGCAAUGUGCGAGAAUUUCCAAUCUGAGAGAGGGUGACGCAAACACCAAAUUCUUCCACCGGAGGGUAAACGCGAGGCGUAGGAAGAAUCACAUUCACAGGAUACAACACAACAAUGGUUGGGUUACGGACCAUCAACAAAAAGAGAACUUGAUCUAUGAGCACUUUUCCAAUGUUCUGGGAAAAGGGACUAGAAGGUCCAUGGACUUCAAUUGGGGAGAAGCACCUUCACUGGCAUCUUCUUGUUGGCCCAUCAUCAAAGUGGACUUGAUGAAUGUCAUCCACUGUUUCAACACCCUCCACACGACCAACCUCAAGUGGCUUAACUCGGCGAACGUGGUGCUUCUCCCCAAGAAGGAGGGAGCAGAAGGGAUCUCUGACUAUAGACCUAUAAGCCUCAUCCACGCCGUUCCUAAGAUCAUAGCUAAGGUGCUUGCCAACCGCCUUGCCCCUCACAUGCACUCGCUCAUCUCCAAUGCGCAAAGUGCUUUCAUCAAAAGGAGAAGUAUUCACGACAACUUCAUGUAUGUGAGGGGUCUUGCUCGCAUGCUGCACAAAAGUAAAACGCCUUCACUCCUCUUCAAGCUCGACAUCCGGAAGGCAUUUGACUCGGUCCGAUGGGAGUACAUCAUUGACCUUCUGUAG